GGAGGGCCCGUCGGAGCGGCCGCGGAGCAGCGCCGGAGAUGGGAGAACAACCCAUCUUCACCACGCGGGCACAUGUCUUCCAGAUCGACCCCAGCACCAAGAAGAACUGGGUGCCGGCCAGCAAGCAGGCAGUCACCGUCUCCUACUUCUACGAUGUCACCAGGAACAGCUAUCGCAUCAUCAGCGUGGAUGGAGCCAAGGUGAUUAUCAACAGCACCAUCACACCCAAUAUGACCUUCACCAAGACGUCGCAGAAGUUUGGGCAGUGGGCGGACAGCAGAGCCAACACGGUGUUCGGCCUGGGGUUCUCCUCGGAGCAGCAGCUGACAAAGUUUGCAGAGAAAUUCCUGGAGGUGAAAGAGGCCGCCAGACUGGCCAGAGACAAGUCCCAGGAGAAACUCGAGACCUCGAGCAAUCAUUCCCAAGAAUCUGGGUGUGAAACCCCGUCUUCUACUCAGGCAUCCAGUGUCAACGGGACGGACGAUGAAAAGGCUUCCCACGUGGGUCCUGCUGACACGCACCUGAAGUCUGAGAACGACAAGCUGAAGAUCGCUUUGACACAGAGCGCCGCCAACGUGAAGAAAUGGGAGGUAGAGCUGCAGACGCUUCGAGAGAGUAACGCCCGGCUGACAGCGGCGCUGCAGGAGUCGGCCGCCAGCGUGGAGCAGUGGAAGCGCCAGUUCUCGCUGUGCCGCGACGAGAACGAGCGGCUCCGGACCAAGAUCGACGAGCUGGAGGAGCAGUGCAGCGAGAUAAACAGGGAGAAGGAGAAGAACUCGCAGCUGAAGAGGAGGAUCGAGGAGCUGGAGUCCCAAGUGCGGGAGAAGGAGACGGAGUUGAAUGACCUCCGCAAACAAAGUGAAAUCAUACCUCAGCUCAUGUCGGAGUGCGAAUACGUCUCUGAGAAGUUAGAGGCGGCAGAGAGAGACAAUCAGAGCCUGGAGGACAAGGUGCGGUCCCUAAAGACGGACAUUGAGGAGAGUAAGUACCGCCAGCGGCACCUGAAGGUGGAGCUCAAGAGCUUCCUGGAGGUGCUGGACGGGAAGAUCGACGACCUGCACGACUUCCUGCGCGGCCUCUCCAAGCUGGGGGCCGACAACUAGGGGCCGCCGCGGGGCGGGACCGGGCGACCUCCCGCGUGCGUCGCUCGGUAAGUGCAGGUGCGGCUCGUCGCGUCUCGACGCCCGUGGUGCCGUCCGCUCUCCCCUCCGGAACAGACACCUCCCGCCUCCCUGACCUCGCGAGGCUGCGGACAUCUGGAAGAUUCUGACUCAGGAAUCCCGCGCUAGGUCUCCCUUAAACGUUUACGUAGUCUGGGCGGGGACGUUUAUCUUUCUUAAGGGCUGUUGCAACCGUACCAACUGAGCAAAGGAUUUUCUGUUCCAAAUGGGAACACCCUUUCCACCUCCUCUCUCUGGAGGAACGUUCAGAACACAUGAACGUCCGCCAGGCACCCACGCGCGGGGCACAGGGGUAACUCCUUCCCUCUCGGUAGGAAUCGGGAUGCUUUAAAGCCACCCCUUAGUGGAGGGUUGUCUGGAGGAAGCAAACAAGUCUGUGCUCGUAGAAGUCUCUCCCCCCUCCCACCACCCCCGGUUCGUAGGGUUGUGACAACGUUCCUUUCCUGGGUUUUAACUUCUGAGCAGAUUGCCGUGCUGUGGGGACAGCGUGCAGUGAGGGCGCCUAGCACAGUGCCUGGCACAAAG